CCAAAACAAUAUCAACCGAGCGCGGCAGCAACAACACCUUGAAUAUAGCAGUAUGCAUCACUUUGAAGCUUGAAUCAAUAUGUACAGAAAAUACAUACACACAACUCAUACAAGAUUCUUACAUGUAUUUACAACACCCCCAAUUAAUUUCUUGAAAAACACUGAAGAAAUCUUGGCAACUAAGCUUGCACCCAUUUUAAAAUCUUGCUCAGAUAAUCCAACCCACUGUGAUUUUCUACAAGGCCAACAAGUUCAUUCACAAAUUGUUGUAAAUGGGAUUAAGGGUCUUCUUGGUACAAGAAUCUUGGGUAUGUACAUUCUAUGCGGUAAGUAUUUUGAUGCUAAAAGUUUGUUUUUUCAGCUUGAUUUGUCGUAUGCUUCACCUUGGAAUUGGAUAAUUAGAGGGUUUACUAUGAUGGGUUGUUUUGAUUUUGCCUUGGUAGUUUAUUUUAAGAUGUUGAGUUAUGGUACUUUACCUGAUAAGUAUAGUUUCCCUUAUGUGAUUAAGGCUUGUAGUGGUUUGCAUGCUGUGAAAUUGGGGAAAUUGGUUCAUGAUAUGGUUAGGUUGAGGGGGUUUGAGCUAGAUGUUUAUGUGAGUAGUUCUUUGAUUAAGUUGUAUGCGGAGAAUGGUUGUAUUUUGGAUGCGCGUUGUCUGUUUGAUAAGUUGCCGGUGAAAGAUAGCGUUUUGUGGAAUGUGAUGCUUCAUGGGUAUGUGAGGUAUAGAGAUUCGGGGAAUGUUGUUGGUUUGUUUAGGGAAAUGAGGUACAGUGAUGUAGGACCUAAUUCGGUGACAUAUGCUUGUGUUUUGUCGGUUUGUGCCUCGGAGAUGAUGAUUGAACUUGGGAGUCAGAUUCAUGGGGUUGUUGUUAGAUGUGGGUUGGAGAUGGAUUCACCUGUGGCUAACACAUUGAUUGCUUUGUAUUCUAAAUCAUGUUGGUUGUCUGAUGCACGUGAGUUGUUUGACACAAUACCGGAAAUUGAUUUGGUGAGUUGGAAUGGGAUGAUUGGAGGGUAUGUGUUGAAUGGGUAUAUGCUUGAGGCUCUGGAUUUGUUUCGUAAGAUGGUUUCUGCUUGUGUCAAACCUGACCCAAUCACAUUUGCAAGUUUCCUCCCAUUAGUUUCUGAAACAUCAAGUUUAAAUCAAGGUAAAGAAAUUCACUGUUAUAUAGUAAGACAUGGUGUGCUUACGGAUGUGUUUCUGAAGAAUGCACUUAUUGAUAUGUACUUCAAAUGUAGACAAGUAGAGAUGGCAAAAUGUGUUUUUAGUUGUAACUCUGCAGUAGAUAUUGUCAUUUACUCGGCCAUGAUUUCUGGAUAUGUGAUGAAUGAAAUGAAUGUUGAUGCAAUAGCUGUUUUCCGGUCACUUAUUCAUGAGAAAAUGAAGCCAAAUGUGGUAACUCUGGCAAGUCUUUUGCCAGCUUGUGCUGGUUUGGCUGCUAUUAGUUUGGGGAAGGAAUUGCAUGGUAAUAUCCUUAAACAUGGGCUGGAGGGAAGUUUUCACAUAGGUAGUGCAAUAACCGAUAUGUAUGCAAAAUGUGGAAGAUUAGAUCUUGCUCGCCAAUUUUUUUUUAGGAUGUCCGAAAGGGAUGCUGUUUGCUGGAACUCGAUAAUUACAAGCUGUUCACAAAAUGGAAAUCCAGUAGAGGCCAUUGAUCUUUUUCGUAGAAUGGGUGCUGAAGAUGUUAAUUAUGAUGGUAUAUCCAUAUCGGCCGCUCUUUCUGCAUGUUCAAGUUUAUCAGCACUUCACCAUGGCAAGGAGAUUCAUGGUUUUAUGAUAAGAGGUGUGUUCAGCUUGGAUAUUUUGGCUGAGAGUGCCCUGAUAGAUAUGUAUGCUAAAUGUGGAAACUUGAGAUUAGCACGCUGUGUAUUUGAUAUGAUGCAAGAAAAGAAUGAAGUUUCAUGGAGUAGUAUUAUUGCUGCUUAUGGAAGUCAUGGUUGUCUGAAGGAAGCUCUUGCUCUUUUUCAUGAAAUGAAACAAAUGGGAUUCCAGCCUGAUCAUGUCACUUUUCUUGCCAUAAUAUCUGCUUGUGGCCAUGCUGGUUGUGUUGAAGAAGGAAAGCACUACUUCAAGUGCAUGGAGGAAGAUCAUAAAAUUGCUGCUCGGAUGGAGCAUUAUGCAUGUAUGAUUGAUUUGUUUGCACGGGCUGGUCGUCUAGAAGAAGCAUAUGAAUUCAUAAAGUGCAUGCCUUUUGAUCCAGACGCAGGUGUUUGGGGGACAUUGCUUGGGGCUUGCCGGGUCCAUGGCAAUGUUGACCUUGCGGAAUUGGCUGCUGGAAAUCUGUUCAACUUAGACCCACAAAAUUCUGGCUAUUACGUACUACUAGCAAAUGCACAGGCUGGUGCUGGGAAAUGGGAAGGGGUUCUUAAAACAAGAAGCAUGAUGAAAGAAAGAGGAGUACAAAAAAUACCAGGUUAUAGCUGGAUUGAAGUAAACAAUUACAACCACAUGUUUGUUGCAGCAGACACUAGCCAUUCUUACGCUGCUGAGAUCUAUUCAAUACUGAAUCAUCUUCUUCUGGAACUGAGAAAAGAGGGAUAUGUUCCUCAGCCUUACCUACCACUGCACAUGGAAUCCAGUGAACUAACUUACUUGCGUAAUGAUAUAUGAGCAAUUGAUAUUUAUCUUGGUGGCAAAUAGUGCUCGCCUGUCAGCCAUUGUGGGUGGAGAAACCUCAAAUAUGAUAUCAUUACAGAUUUGAGUGAAUCGAAGAAGAAGUGCAAUUGAUUAGUUUGUCUGUGCUAGGAAUGGAGAAAGUCAGAAGAGCAUCUCAAGCUGGUUCUUGGUGCUAUGAUAAUCGCAGAUCACAAUGACAAUGUAGGAGACAUAAGUACCAUUGAAUCCCUGAGAUAUGACCUCAGUACUAUUUAAGCAGCUACAGAUAGUUUUCCAGAUAGUAAUAGAUUUGGAGAAGGUGGAUUUGGAUCCUCUUACAAAGUAAGAGCAGAUUUCUGUUGGAAUAUGCUUCUGUUUUGUUGGAGCAGAUUUAUGCAGUCAGCCAAAGCUACUUUCUGUAAAUUCUUCGCUUCCACUAUUAUUAUUUCUAUUUUCAAUGCUAAAAACUAUAGGGUGCAUCCGAAAAAGGUCAAGCAAUAGCUGUGAAGAGACUUUCUAGAGGUUCAGAUCAUGGUCAACAAGAAUUCAUUAACGAGGUCAUAUAAGUGGCCAAACUGUAACACAUAAAUUUUGUUAAGACUUGUUGAAUUCUGCUUUUAAGGAAGUGAAAGAGUUCUCAUAUAUGAGUUUACCUAAUGCAAGUCUGUACCGCUUCAUAUCUGGUAUGAAAAUUAUGGAUGGUCCAUUUCAAGAGUUAUACUAUAUGAUUUAGAUAUGGUGAAACGUUAUCUUAUCAGUGAUAUAGGAAGAUAUAAUCAGCUAACUGAAAGAAGCAGUUAUAUUGUAGCAUUAGCGGAAAAGGGAAGAAACCACAGAAUGGGAUCUUGGGAGAAUAGUGUUGAAAUAAUCACAGGUCACAGUCCAGUCACAGACACACUAACAUUAACAUUAAUCUACCUAUCUAAACAGAGUUUGUUCAGAGUCUAUCACUUUCUUUCAAACUUAACCACUUUCUCAUUGUAGGUCAGGGCCCGUAUUUGUAUCUGUAUCUGUCAACUCACUCCCCACUUUCAUUCAAUGUUUCCCAUCUUAUACUAAAAACCAAUCCCCUGUUUUUCAUUUCUCUGCUAAUCUGCAACUUCUCUACACUGUCGGUGUGUUCAUUUUUAUUUUUCACUUUCCUUUUAUUCUCUUUUUCUAUCAACUCUGCUUAUCUUUAUUCCAUUUUCAGGACCAGGAUCCACAACUCAGAUCAGCUGGGCUAUUUAAAGGUACUGUACCGAUGUUCCUUUCUUAUGUGUUUUGUUCUUUGUUAUGUACACUUCUGUGUGUUUGAUUAGUAGAGCAGAUCAUUUGUGAGGAUAUGUUGCCAAGUUCAUUAAUAUUUUUUAAGCACUAUGUAUCUACUUAGCAAUACAAGCAGUUUAUUCGGCAUAAUGGGUUGUAGAAUUGAAUCAGUUUUACUCGCGGGUUUUGUGUUUCUUGAAUGGACUCUUGCUUCUGUGCUGAUUUUUAAUUGUAGGUUUGGACGAUAGUAGGUUUUACAAGAAUUUUCCACUUCCUAUAUGUUCGUUGCCUAUUGAUUGUAUUCGUAAUAGGUUUAGAUUAAUUAAUCACUCAUUUAUGGGACUACGGAUUAUUCAUCCUGUGAUCUAAAAGCUAGCAAUAUUCUACUAGAUGCAUGUAUGAAUCCUAAAAUUGCUGGCAAGACAUUUUGACUUGGAUGAAACUCGAGCAAUGACAAAUAAAAUUGUGGGAACAUAGUAAGUUUUCUUACCAUUGUUUGCACCAGUAGUAGGCUAAAGCAGAAUGGCCGCAUAUAGUAAUGCCAGAAAUUAUUUAGUUUUCUGAAAAUUGAGUUCUGUAAACAGUAUCUUCCUGUAAAUUGCAGUGGGAAUAUGGCACCGAAAUAUGCAAUGUAUGGCAAGUUCUCGGUUAAGUCUGAUGUGUUUAGUUUUGGCGUAUUAGUUUUGAUAAUACUUGGUGGUAGUUUGAACUAUUAAUUUCUUCAAUGGUCACUAUGUUCUGUAUUACUUAAGUACUUGAUGCAUAACUGAUAACACUAAAUGUGAAAGAAGAAGCUGGAAGUUGGUCAGUAAAUUGAUCGCCUGGAAGGACUAAAACUGAAGGGAAUAUGUAAAGGAAGAGGAGAGACAUAGUAGAUGUGAUAGAGUCAGUGAUCGAAGAGUUGGAAGAAAAGUGAGAGAAAGUAUACAUAAGUAUACCAGUAUUUAGCCAACACAGUGCGUUUAGUUACUUCAGUUCGUACACGUGAUAUGGUAUUUUUAUCCAAUGCAAUGGUUUUCAACAGAUUUAUAACUAAUUAUAUAACCUGUAAACACAUAUAUUUGGUUUAUUAGUAUAUGCAUAUGUUUAAGCAGUUGUUGCAUUAUAUCCUUUUACAUGACAGAUAAAUCAGCUACUUUACUUCUCUGGAUUCUCCUUGUAAUAGCAUUACUCAUUAAAUCAUUGUUAUGGAAGCAUGUUGAUCAAGGCGAGGGGUCACCUUGCUAGCUUUGUAAGUUGCAUUAUCUUAAAUUCCAAAUAUAUUUGACUACAUUCAAGCAUCAUUUCGAAUUUAAAUUCUGUUCGUUUGCUUUCUUUUGAAGUUUGUUCCGAAACAACUGUUUGAUUUGUUUUGUUUGAUUUUUUUUCUUAUUUCAAAAAUUAUACGAGAAGUCAUCCUCAUCUACUCAAAAAGAAAACUAACUUAAUUGAAAUAUAGCUAAAUAUUCGAUUCACUCUUACACUCUUUAUGACUAAGAAUAUUUUCUUAUAUUCCAACAAACACAAAAUAAAAGUUUUCAGAAAUUAUAAGUUAUAUAAUCUUUUUAAAAUAUUUAUUUUUUAUAAUUUUCUCACUCGCGCGAAGCGCGUUUUUUUCACUAGUUUCUUCUUAAAAUAAGGGAAACUUGUUGUUGACUUAAUAGUUGAUACGACUUUCUCAGGUCAUAUUAACCAUUGAUGACAGAUUAGAUCAAGUUAAUUAAUUCAAUGCAUUUAAAAUGUGAAAUAUAUAAGUGCUAUGGUCUGUGGCUAUACUUAUAGUGGAAUAAUGUUUGCUUGUGAGAUACUUUGUUCAGUAUUUACCAGAUUUGAUGAUCAGGUGUUAAAGUUGCCUUCAGCUGGAAUAGAGGCUAGAAUAUUCACAGCAAUAAUGUUAAACUUAUGAGAUCCAGUGAUGUUAUUGAGGUAGAAUCAGAAGAUGUUCUGAACAAAUCUGGGGGCCCUAUUUUUCAAAACCGAGCCAGCUAGCCAACAGCACCAACUUGCUUCGAGCAGACUUGCUCCAAGGGGGCCAGAGCCAACAAAUAUUAAUGUAUUUUUGGAGCAGGUGUACAAGUAUUGGCCAGUCAGAGCCAUUGAAAUUGAGCUGCUUCGUCAUCACACUGUUGCGUGUCUGGAUCUGAAGUCUGAACCGGGGAGGAGUUUUUGCAUUUGUUUACAGCUGUAACUUUUACUGUGAGUGUGGCUUUUUCCUGCCGGCUUACUGCACCGUGAAUCGUCAAAGUGUAUCAGAAUAUGCUUUAGCUUUACCGGAAAUGCAAAAGGGAUGUACAAGUUUGGCACUAGACUAUGAAUUCGCAGCUUCGUCAAAGAAAUGAAUUCAAGGCAAAUUAUACGAGGAGCUAUACAUUCACAGAAGUGAAAGGGUAAAAGUUGGAGUCGAGACUAUGAACAUAAGUUUAUAGACCAGCAGCAGGCUUGCUUUAUCAACCUCCAGAAUUAUGCUUAGAAUUUUCACGACUAAUAUCCAUAAUCUUUUUCUUAACCGUCCAUAAGAGCUUGUAAUGCUAUGACAUGAUGUUAUAAGCUGCAUUCUAUUGUCUCUCAAAGGAUAAGCUGAUAUUACUAAAUAGGAAAAUAUUGUCCAGUUCUUAAUGACCUCUCAAUCUGUUAGACAAUCCAGGAUCCUUAAUGAGCUAAUUGUAUUGAUAAAUC